AUUCUUCAAACGUACUGCCAAAAUUAAAAGCGACAAACAGAUAACAUAUAUUGUAUAAUAAUGUAUGCGCAAGUUCAUUAUAUUAGCAUGCAAAGCCUGACUGACCGUACCCUAUAAUGACCGGCGGCGGAAGCUGCGCGAAGUCGGAAGAUCGCGUCAAUGCCGCGCGGCCGCUGACGCAAGUUCCUCUGACGCACUGGGUUUUUAAAAUAUUAUUGUCCUCCUCAGUAAUGGCGGCUUCGUUUCCUUCUCCUUCUGUAACAAACAACAAAUGGUAUUUUACAAGGGAAGAAAUCGAGAAUAGCCCGUCUCGUCGUGCGGGACUUGAUCCCGACAAAGAACUGUCUUAUAGACAGCAAGCCGCAAACCUAUUACAGGACAUGGGACAACGGCUCAAUGUCUCCCAGCUGACUAUCAACACUGCCAUUGUGUAUAUGCACCGCUUCUACAUGAUCCAGUCCUUCACCCGCUUCCACAGAAACGUGAUAGCUCCAGCGGCCUUGUUCCUGGCUGCGAAGGUAGAGGAGCAGCCUCGCAAACUGGAGCAUGUGAUCAAGGUGGCCCAUGCUUGCCUGCACCCUCAGGACCCUUCGCCAGAUACUCGGAGUGAUGCUUACCUGCAGCAGGCCCAGGACCUGGUCAUUCUGGAGAGCAUUAUCCUCCAGACCCUGGCGUUCGAAAUCACCAUUGACCACCCGCACACACACGUUGUGAAGUGCACUCAGCUUGUCAGAGGUGUCUGGACCGGCGAGGGGGCAAGGCACCAUUGUUCAGUGUUGCUUGCAGUAGACUGUCUCGGUCCGUGCUCCAGAAUUCCCACGAGCAAGGACUUGGCUCAGACGUCAUACUUCAUGGCCACCAACAGCCUGCACCUGACCACCUUCUGCCUGCAGUACAGCCCCCCUGUGGUGGCUUGCGUCUGCAUCCACCUGGCCUGCAAGUGGUCCAACUGGGAGAUCCCAGUGUCCACAGACAGCAAGCACUGGUGGGAGUACGUGGACCCCACAGUGACCCUUGAGCUGCUGGAUGAGCUGACCCAUGAGUUCCUGCAGAUCCUGGAGAAGACCCCGAGCCGCCUGAAGCGUAUCCGUAACUGGAAGGCAGCGGGACAGACUGUGAAGAAGACGAAGGUGCAGGAGGACGGUGACCAGACGGAGGCCAUGAUGAGCAUGAUCUCCAUGGUGUCCUCCGACACCACGAUCGCCGGCCUCAUGAGCCUCUCCGCCUCGUCCUGUUCCCUCAGCACCACCCCUCUGGAUGACAAGGAGCGCAGCACUGGGUCCUCAGGGACUCAGCACUGGCAACCCAGCACCAAGGCGCACGGUGGCAUGGACCCUGGGCCGGCGACACAGGGCCCACAGGGUACCCACGUUCCCGCCAAGGUGUCACUGAGCGAGUACCGCGCCAAGAACGCUGACGUGCUGGCGGCUCAGAAGCGCAAGCUGGAGAACAUGGAGGCUAGCGUGAAGCGGGAGUAUGCCUCUGCCGCCCAGGCCCUCAUCAGCCAGCAGAGGAAGGAGAAGUACCAGGAGCCGCCCGGGGGCCAUCCCGGAGCCACGGCCUCCGACGUGAGUAGCCCCUCGCCCAUCAUCCUCAAGAUCCCCCUGGAGAAGGAGCGCCAAGACCGCAACUCCCUGAAGAUGCGGCUUCCGCUGGCAGCCGGGGCGGGACACGGCGGCCACGGGGGACACGGGGGACACGGUGGCGGAGGGCACAGUGGAGGGGGGCACGCGGGGGGAGGUGGGGGAGGCAGCCGGACUGCGGACGAUUUCAAAGUGCGGAUCCGCGUGCCGGACAGACGCGGGGGUCUGGUGGAAGACGGCAAGAGCAGGGAGAAGCACAGAGAGAGGUCCAACCACCACCAUCAUCACCACCACCACCACUCGGCCAGCAGUGCCGGCGCCACCUCCUCCUCCUCCUCCUCCUCCUCGCAUAAACACUCAAGCAGUGGGGGCGGCUCACUAGGGAGCAGCAAAAAAUCGUCUGACUCCUCCAGCAGGACAAGCUUGUCCUCAUCAUCGUCUUCAUCCCGGAAGCGGCCUCACUCCAUGGAGCCGUCACCCGCCUCGCACCCACCCAAACCCAGCAAGUCCUCCAGGACUUCUUACCAGCUGCCCCCAGCGCCAGCCACUGCGGGCCAUGCCCUGGGCUCGGGCCCCGACGGCCUGCCCCCCACAGCUGUGUCCCACCAUCAAGGCUCCUACUCUCACUCCAAGGCGGACAAGGCGGACACCAACGGGCACAGCGCUGCUGGGGGUGGCGGCCAGUCCAACGAGUACCAGGACACGUUUGAGAUGCUCAACUCCCUGCUUAGUGCCCAGGGCGUCCAGCCCACUCAGCCUCCCGUGUUUGACUACCGCUCGCAGUACGGCGAGUACCGCUACUCCGGAAGCCAGCGAGGCAAUAGCGCCCGCCCUCCUCCCCUCCCCGCGGAGCCGCCCCCCCCACUGCCACCCCUCCCCAAGUGAGAACAGCUGUCAACUUCCAACACAAGGCUCUAGGCCUGCGUGGCUCUGCUCUGUGUUUGGGGGUCCUUGACUUGACAGCAGAGUAAUGUAUUCAUUCAGAGUCCUCAGAUUUCAUACCUAUUUUUCAAUGUUUUUUUCCACAUUUUUUAAAGCAGUCUUACCCCAUGUACAGGGCAAUAACAAUGAAUGCAUAAAACGGUGAAAACCUAGAAGAGAAUGCCAAUCAGUCACUCGUUUGAUCGUGUAAAUACUAUUUUUGAUGUCAUUCUGUUUGAGGUACAUCAGAUAUUUGUAUUGAAGUCUUUAACCCAAUCAUAAGGAGCCAGUGUGUUGCUUGGUUGAACUUGAAACAGAAAAAAAAAACGUGAUUACAUUGAAUGCAUGGGGAAAUUUUGCAUUUGUGAGCUAAAGGACUUAUUUGUACAAUUUUGCAAGCCUUGUUUUAAUAGGCAUCAGAUGGAUUCAAUACGUCAAAAAUAUUUAUUUUGUACUCCUCCCAUCUGUAUGUAGCAUUGUUGUUAUAGCCCCUUUAUUCCUCUUCGGUUUCCACGACAUCUAGUCAACCGUAGUCAACAUUUUAAACGCGAUCCUGGUGCUCAGUCUAUUCCUAAUAGUCAUAUAUAAAAAAACAGAGGAAUAUUUAAUUGAUUUUACCGUUUUUAUUUUGUAAAUAUUUAAGGAAAAAAAAAAGAUACAAUGUCAAUGUUUUAUAUUAUGUACAUGUGAACUGAAAAAGUGAAUAUAAAAUGUAUUUUUACAUUUUGUAUAGAAAAAAGAUCAUUGUAAAUUAACUUUUAGUUUUUAGAUUUUCAAUGUGAUGCAGUCAUUGUUUUAAAUGGUUGUAAAAAGCUAUAGUAUGACAGAUGAUGAUGUUAUAUAGCUACAUUUUCUUCCCAAAAUGCAGCCGUACCGUUAUGGUGUUAAACAGUCUACAUGGGCUGUGUCGUGCUGAUUAGCCGCCGACACGCGGCGUGUCGGGCCCAGGAAGGGCACCCUGCGUAAAGGCUUCAGUGUGCCGAAGGGGCGUCUAAGCCACAUGGCAACUGAGCAGGUCACCUGACCCUUAUGUCAUCCGCUCCCCGCGCCGUAGCUGCUCCGCCCAGCGCCCGGGCACACCCCGAGCCACCUGCCGCCGCGUAAAAAGCUCCACGCUUCUCCUUCACCACUUGAGAACGAUCAGGAAAUUGUGUGUAUAUCUCAUAUAACCAUGAUUGUGUCUAUGGGUUGUUUUGGAUUUAAUCACAGGUUUGCAUAAAUGACCUAUAAAUAUAAGUAUUUGCUAUAUUUCUGCAGCUACUAUGAGUGUAUGGGCUAAGUGAAUUGUACUGAUUUAACACCAAAGGCUUUCGUCAUAGUCUUCAUUUUAAGCCCAUUCUUUAAAAGCGGUAGCUUCUGAAAUUGACACAUUUACAGCCAGUUUAAUAUAGUAAAACUGCUUUUUAUCUUUUGACUUAGUUCCUUAUUUUCAGUGCAGUUCGUUUCUGUAAAAUAUGGGAGAAAACAAGCUGUUACUGGAUUUUUGGGUAUCUGUUUCUUGUGAUAAAACUGAAAGAUAUGAUCCAAAAUGCAUAUUAUAACCUGUCAUUGUCCCCCACAUUAUCAGAAUGUAUGGUCACUUCACAUAAACUGGAAAAAGCAGAUAAAGUUGAAUCCUCUAUGUCGCAGUCAUUGAUUCUUGUGUCAUGUGGAUAAGGUGUGAUGUCCAUGCAAUUUAAAGUCUGCAGUAGUAACCUUGAGGUGUAAUUUGAUUUAAAUACUUGCCUGCACUAAGAAUUGCUGUAAUGGACUUGGCAUUUCCCACAGUUUUAGCAGUUUUUAGCUGCUGUUUGUUUGGUUUGGUGAUUUAAAGCAAUUAAAGAUUACUUGAAUUAAUUCCUCAUGGAAAACAAACAUUGAUUCAAAUCAGACAUUGUUUCUUCAUGAAAGACAGUAUUGUGGCUGUGGUCAUAUCUGACAAAUACGGCUCUGGAAAAAAUUAAGAGACCACAGCGCACUUUUUUGUUUCAUUCAUUUCUAAAUUUAUGGGUAUGCAUAUCUGCAAAAUAUACAUGUUUUUUGCAAACUGCAGCCUGGUUCUUCCCUGUUUCUCAUUAACGAAUGGCUUCAUCCUUGCUUUAUGGGACUUCAGUCCUGCUUCUAGGAACCUGAUCAGAACAGUCCUAAGUGCAUUUCAAACCUGCACUUAAUGUUUCCCGUUCCUUUUGAAGGUCACUUGAUGUCAUCCUCCAAUUCAUGAGAAACUGUUGGAUAACUUGACGGUCAUGUCUGCCAUUAGAAAGUCGCUUCUGUCCUCUACCUGGCUGGUUUUUGGUCGUUCCCAGUGUAUUCCGCCUCACAGUGAACUCUUCUGCCAGCAGAACCAGGAUUAAACAAGGAUUUAACAAUGAGAUUCUUAACAUACGGAGUGGUCUCUUAAUUUUUUCCAGAGCUGUAUUUGUGACUGAUAAAUGCAUGAAAUGCUACUGAUUUGUUACUGAUGCAGCGUGGUUUUCACUUCUGUGAUGCCUUCCAUGUGUACACACACCUGCCCUCUGCUGUGACUCACGCUUGAAGAAUACCACUGCGUUCACUGGAUCCCACAGUAGUUUUGACUAAUAUUUCUCUCUGUAAUUUUGUCUUACAGACUUUUUUUCUAAGGAUAUUCAUUUUGAGAGGAAUAUUUCUGAACUAUACAUACAUUUUUGUAUGUUGUACCAGAUGAACUCAGGUUUAGAAUUUGGGGGAAAUUUUGAUGUGAACUUCAGGAAGUCCAAGGCCUACAUUUAUUAGUUUGUGUUUUGUGAGCAAUUUUUAAUGGUGAAUGGUUUUACUCCCAUAAAUAAAUGUUUUAAAGUAAAAUCCAAGCACUAUUUUUAUUCAUGUAGAUAUUAGUGACUGGUACAAAGUAGCAGUAAUAUUCUAGAAGAGGUAAGCCAUUUUAUUCUAUAUGAUCUUAGUUUCAGUUGAAAUUGAGGGCAGCGUCAAAAAAAUGGUGUGGAAUCUUGUGUAUGAGGAAGAUUCCAGCUGAUGACAACCAACAAAAACACAGAACUCAUUAGUUUAUGAAACUGGCAAAGAAUAUUUGUAGUUUGGAAAAUUAAUGUGUAUUGCGCAUGUACACAAACUAAACCUUUGAAGUGUAUUUACAUUGUUUAUUAAGUCAACUUAAUUCUGAAUGAGAAAAUACCUAAAUAAAUCCGUGUUGGCAUCUCAA